AUGGACUACACUGCCGCCGCGAAAGACUUCCGCCGUUUCAUUCAAGAGCUGGAAGACGAAGGAGAGCUCCUGACAAUCACCAAAGAAGUCGACCCCAACCUGGAGCUCGCAGCCAUCGUGCGAAAGGUGUGUGAAACUGGAGAGCGAGCCCCGUUGUUCACAAACCCUAAAGGGCGUAAGGACAACGGGUUGUUUCGCGUCAUUGGAGCCUCCAUAGGGUAUAGCAAGCGUCCUGGGAUGCAGCUUUGUCGAUUGGCUAAGUCGCUGGGGCUUCCGUCAUCUGCUACUGGCCAUGAGAUCGUCCACAGGAUCAAUGAGGCCAAGUCAAAGCCUCCAAUCCCAUGUCGGAAACUCGAGUCGGGUCCCGUCAAAGAUCAUAUUAUUCAUGGUGACGAUAUAGAUCUGACACAGUUGCCUGUCCCGCUUUUGCAUGAGCAUGACGGAGGCAAAUUCAUCGAAACAAUGGGCAUGCAUGUCGUACAGAGCCCUGAUGGGAAAUGGACUAAUUGGUCCAUCAGUAGGGGCAUGGUUCACGGCAAGCGUGAGCUGGUUGGCCUGGUGAUCCCAAAACAGGACAUUGGGACAAUAUUCAAUCUUUGGAAGGAGAAAGGCGAAGACAUGCCAUGGGCUGUAUGUUUCGGAGUGCCGCCUGCGGCCAUCAUGGUCGGCGGCAUGCCCAUUCCCAAGUGGACCAACGAGCCGGAAUUCAUUGGUGCCUUAACCGACGCUCCAGUUGACAUUGUUAAGUGCGAAACAAACGAUCUCUGGGUGCCGGCCAAUGCAGAGAUUGUCUUUGAAGGGGUGGUUUCGAUUAGUGAAACUGCUCCAGAAGGCCCCAUGGUCGAAUAUAAUGGCAUGGUUUUCCCCGGGCACAAAACCCAGUGCCCUAUCUUCAAGGUCAACACCAUUACUUACCGCAACGAUCCUAUUCUUCCAAUCUGUGUCGCCGGCCGAGCUCCAGACGAAAAUUCCACCAUCUGGUGCACCAUGCAAGCUGCAGAGGUCCUUAACAUCUGUCAGAAGGCCGGUCUUCCUAUCAAUAUGGUUUGGUGUCCGUUUGAAUCACAUUGCUUGUGGUUUGUUCUUCAGGUGAACCACUCGAAACUUGUGGAAAUGGGCACGAAUAUGGAGGAAUUCUGCCACAAAUUAGGACAUACCGUAUUCGGUUCCAAGCCAGGAUGGUUUAUCCCGAAAAUCUUCUUGGUAAACGACUACAUUGAUCCAACCAAUCUCUCAGAUGUCAUCUGGGCUGAAGCAACACGUUGUGAGCCUGGCAGGCAUGAGUUUAUUUUCACCGAGUAUUCCAACAUCCCCCUCAUACCCUAUGUUACACAUGGCUUGCCGUCCAAGUCCGGAACGAAUGGGAAAGUUGUCAAAUGCUGUAUGCUGCCCAGUGAGUUUACAGAAAAAACGCUACCAUGGAAAGAGGGAUCUUUCCAGGGUGCCUAUCCGGAGGACGUUAAGAAAAAGGUGCUUGAAAACUGGACAGCGUAUGGCUUUGCGCCUUUCUAG